GGUGAGAGUAUUGGUAGUCUAGCAAUAGCUCAUUGUGUGGACUUAAGUCUCUUGUACUCUUUCACUAGGCGUUAUAAUAAAUCAUGAUCAAAACUGUGGCAAGAUAAACCCAGCGCUAUUAUUCCUGCCACUUGACUGUCGUCAUGCAGUGAGUCUGGUUUCGUGUUCUAUAUUUACAUAAUCGACCCGUGGUGGCAAGUGAAGGUAGUGUGAUUUGGUCAAUAGGUACGCGGGCUCUCGUCGGGAGAGGGAGAGUGAUUUGGUCUUGAGGCCUUAAACAACAUGGCGCCUGAUACUAUUGAAAUGUGUUGAUAACAGUACAAGCGGAUAUCUACAGUUCGAUGGCGUCCCGUGUUCGAUAAUGUAAAGAGCUGAUAAGAAAUUGACUGGGCACUUAGACGGCGGAACAAAAGAUGGAUCAAUCAGGUGAAGUAUCGGUGGGGCGGGGAGAAACUUUACUGAGGCAACAACCGUCUACAACGACGACUCCAUUUUCAGGACACAAUCGAGACGGUGACGGCGGUGAUCCACACCCUCCCGUCAAACAUGGUAGCUUUAAAUCAAGUGCCACGAGUGAACGAAGCGGUCACGUGUCAAGCGACAGCUCCCCCGAAGACGGUGACGACUCCUGGGGGAUGGUAAAAGUGAAAGGGGGCGACAGAAGAACUGAGUUGCCCAAAAUGCCUCCCAAAAUGCUUCCAAAUUUUGGCGAACAUCCUGUCAAGAAGGUCCGCAAGUGGAACAAGGCUGCCGAAAGAAAGCUGGAGAUGGAUGUGGAGUCUCUGACCCAGGAACUCAAAACCAAAACUUCAAAAUUGGAUAAGGGCAUUCAGAGCGUGGAGGAUGAACUACGAGACUUGGACCUGGAAAAGAGUUAUACACCACGUUAUAGUGAAAUGGCGUCUUGUUGUACCUAUAGUCAAAGGUCAAGUGUGACCUUACCCGACAUUCCAUGCAGCAGACGUCACAGCAGCACCAGACGACAAAGAAGCGGCCAUCGGUGUACAUACAACCCGUUGAAAUCUAAGCAGAAAUGCCACCAUUUCCCCUGCGCCCUCCCCAAGACGUACCACACGAUUGGCUAUCGUGGGGAUCCUGGGACUACCUCAUGGAUGACGUGGGAAGACAUUAAGCAGAGCUGGGACGUGCCGAAUCUGGUCGACAACAUUUCCACGUCCGUCCAUGACGUCAGUGUUUCCCCAAGAAUAUUGACGAUGAGGAAGGAGAACAGAUUACGGCGGGUAAUAGAACGCCGGAAGUGUAUUAACGAUAUGCAUCGGCCGCAAAGCUGGGAGACCAACUAUGGUCAGCCGACUUCUUUCAAACAACUGAAAUAUCCUGUCCGCCUCUACUCCAUCUCCAACUGAUUGUGAGGAAAGAUAGGCGGAGUUGGAGUGGAACUCGAAGUCGUGGGAACCACCGAGAAUGUGUUAUUUGUUCGAGACAAGCGGAGUGCCGAUAUUUUACCCCAACGGCGAUAAGGAUGCUUUGACAUGAUCACAUGUUACUUCGUACUUUUAUCGAGUUCGUUAAAUUCGUAUAAGCGAGUUUUCACUUUGUGUUUUUUUAUUUGUUGAUUAAAUUAAUGUCCAUGGAGAAUCGACUCGCAGAUCGA